UAGUAGCACCAACUCUACCCAGAUUAACAGUGGGGUCGCACAAUGUCCAGAAGGAAUGAAGUGAUGUUCUUUUCCCUUUGUUUAUGGAUUAUAGUUCUUUCGGACCUGGGGAAUGUCUGUGCGAAGAAACACGACGAGUCCUUCUUCACUGGCAGUAUUUACCGAGCAAGAUGCGCGUCGAGAUGUCUCAGCCUUCACAUCACCCGCAUAUCGGCGUUCUUCAAACACUUUCAGAGUAAUGGAUCUUUGGCAUGGUGUCAAAAUCACAAGCAGUGCUCAAAGUGCCUUGAGCCCUGCAAAGAGUCCUGGGACCUGAAGGAGAACCAGUGCCAGGACUUAUGCGAGCCACUUUUCCCCAAGAAGCACUACGAGUGUCUGACGAGUUGUGAGUUUCUGAAGUCGGUGGAGUCGGCGAAGCAAGGGGACUGCCCCGCCCCGGAGAGGGCCAGCGGCUUUGCUGCGGCCUGCGUGGAGAGCUGCGAGGAGGACGCCGAGUGCUCCACCGUCAAGAAGUGCUGCUCCAACGGCUGUGGACACACCUGCCAGGUGCCCAAGAACCUCUACAAAGGAGCGCCCCUCAAGCCCAGGAAAGAGUUGGUGUUUCUGGAGCUCCCCGCUGGUCAACUGGAGAUCCGCUGGUCUUCCAAAUUUAACAUCUCUGUGGAGCCUGUCCUCUACGUGGUCCAGAGGCGCUGGAACUACGGGAUUCACCCCAGUGAAGAUGACGCUACGGAAUGGGAGACUGUUGCACAGACUACAGAGGAGCGCGUGCAGUUGGCGGACAUCAGGGCCAGCAGAUGGUACCAGUUCCGAGUGGCCGCCGUCAACGUCCACGGGACCCGCGGCUUCACCGCCCCCAGCAAACACUUCCGCUCCUCCAGAGACCCCUCCGCUCCACCCAGCCCGGCCAGCCUGAAGGUCACCAACACCACAAUAGGCGCUGACGGCCUGGUGACGGCUUGUCUCAACUGGACACUUCCCGAGGAGCCAGACAUCCCCGUGCACCACUUCAAAGUCUACUGGAGCUGGACCGUUCCUGGCAAGUCCAUGGUGCCGUCCAAGAAGAAGAGGAGAAAGACCACCAGCGGGGCUAAAACCUCGGUGGAGCUGGAGGGUCUUCUUGCCAACAGCAGCUAUACGGUGGAGCUUCAGGCGGUGACGUACUGGGGACAGGUGCGGCUGAAGAGCCCCAAAGCCUCUCUUCACUUCAGCACGGCCCUCUACAAUGACUCAACAGAGUCCCAGUCCAAAGCGAAGAAAGAGGACGCAAUGGUUGUCAGCUCGCUGCCAGGCAAACGACCAGCGAGCAGCGCUCUGGAGGUGGGAACUCCCUUCUACCAGGACGGCCAGCUACAAGUUCGCAUUUACUGGAAGAAGAGAGGAGACCCACUUGUGAGUCGCUACCACGUCCAAUGGGCACCAGAGUUCUGCAGCCACAAUGAAACCAGAGGACCGGAGAAGUCCGUCACCCAGGACAAUUACAUCAACCUACCGGCUCUGAUGUUCUCCUGCAAGUACAAAGUCACCGUCCACAUGAUGAAGUCCAAGAGGCGCGCUAAGGACGAAAGUGUCGUCUUCUUCACACCGUCUUGUGCUACAAUCAGGAGCAAAAGCCUCAAGCCAAUCCACUGCCCAGGAGAACCAGUCUUCCCAGGUCAUCCCAAAGUUCUGGCCAAACCAGAGAACCUGACGGCGGCCUUCUCCAUCCACGAGGGGAACAUCACGGGUCACUUCCUGUGGAGAGUGUCUCGUCCUCAGCCACACCAGCACCGCAUCACGGGGUUCCAGGUGACGUGGGCCGAGGUCACCACCGAGAGUCGGCAGAACAGCCUCCCCAACAGCAUCAUCUCCCAGUCGCAGAUCCUUCCCCCGGAUCAUAACUUGUUGGUGGUGGCUAACCUGAGGCCGGCCACAUAUUACCGUCUGGAGGUGCAGGUGAUUACAACGGGAGGGGAGGGCCCCGCCACCAUGAAGACCUUCCAGACACCCAGCUUGGCUCCCUCUCUGCAGCAUCGGCCGAGACUCAGGAUCCACCAUGAACACCACCACAAGCCCUCGACAGAGAAACACUGAGGGGGACGUCAGACGCAGACGUACGCAGAUGACCGACUCCGAUAAAGCAGCUGUGGCAGCAGCACCAGGCUCUCAUCCACAGGCCCAUCGCAGCACACAGAUCAACCCAAAACACUGCGGGACAGGACUAGUAAAGUCUGUCUCCUCCCUCCCCAGCCCCUCCAUGGCCUGGCUGUCUGCCUGCCCACCCCGGCCCCCGCUCUGGCCUCUCAUUCUGUGGAGUACAGCUCAGUGCUUUCAGGAAACACAAACAUGGGGGAGAAGGCUGCAUUUCAUUUCAGUGCUUCUUCCUUCUCUCGCCCCAUCCUUUCCCUUGUUUUUUUUUUCUGUGCAGUGCGUGUUUGGCAUCGUCAUGGAUGGUACAAACAUUUCUGAUCAGCAACCCCUUUGGGUCAUUCAUCAUCAUUUUUUUUUACCAAAACCGGUUAUGAACAUUUUUGUUUCUUAUGCCACGGAGAAAAAAAAAAACAUAAAUAUAUCAGGGGAAACACUUAAUUUUUUAAAAUGUAAAAUGUAAACCUACAUCAGUUUCACAUCAACGGUAUUGGACUGCAACGGAAUGAAUACCAUGUGAGUAUUGAAUAGACAUCCAUCUUUGCAACAGUGAGAGAAAGACUCCACCUUAUUUAUUUUGUGGUACCACGCCAAGUAUGCCGCCCAGGCUCACAGAAUAUAUGAGUCAUGUAAGUUAAAAUGAUAAAAAAUGUAGUUGACCUGAGGAUAUUAUAACGUUAGGUCAUAUAAAUAAAAAGGCUGUGUUUUUGACCUAAGGAUAUUACACUUAAGUUGAUAUUGCAUGUAGAAGUCCAUCUCAUUUUAAGCUGUAAAUGUGUAAACUGAAUGCUCCUAUCGGUUUUGCAUGAGAGACCCCCUGUGCUCAGUAGGCAUGGGGAUUCAUCUGUGUCGCCACUUAUGAAUAUUUUAGCAAUAUUUCGUUAACAAAUUAACAGAUAAUUAUUUGGAGAGUAAUAUGUAUUGUAUUAUUAUUAAUGAAAUUAUAACUUUUGUGUGUGGACAUGAUGAAACUGUAUAUGUUCUAUGGCUGUAGAAAUAUUUGUUGUUAAACAGUCAGUGAAUGUUUCUAUUUAUUUAUGUGCGUGUAUUGAGUUUGAUACGUGUGUAUGUGUGUGUUUUUUGUGCUCUUGUCUAGACCUUUCCUGAACCAGUAAUUCUGUAAAGACAUUUUGUAAAAAAUCAAAUUGUAAAUAUAGUCUUAUUUUACGUUAUUUUUCCAUGGUAGACCUUGUACAUACUGUUAAGUAAUAAAAUAAUCCUUAAACUCA